GUCCUCCUUAGCUCUUUUCAAAGCCUCAGCCUGGAAAUCUCCGUCUCCUCCUUGUGGGCGCUAAAUACAAUGGAUCCUGGGCCAAGCUGAAGUCCCGAGUUAAAUCCAAGACCUGAGGGUACUCCCAAUCCCUGAGUGAAGUGCUGCGCUGGGUUGCCGGGCAACUAACUGCUACAGCUGGUGCAGAAGGUGGGUGGGAUGCUGAGAAAAAAAUACAAGGAUCGAGGACAAGAAAAACAGAGUGGGAGGGGCUUUUCAAGGAUCUACGCUUCAGAAUUUACACCAUCCUUCCAAAUCGUAGCUGCGUUUCCGGGAACUGAGUUGUGUUUACCUUGGCUUCUGACUAUGUUGGCAACAGGUUUCCUGCAAGGAACAGGCGCGGCUCUACACCAUCGUCCCUCCUCCCCACACCCCCUGCCUUUCAAUAGCCAUUUUCCUGAAGCCGGAGGCAUCCCAGAUUAAGGGCAAGGUACGGGCCCUUUAAACUUGACCUACGGAAGCGGACUGAGCUAAAACUGACGUGCAACCGGAAUGUGAGCUGUAUCAGACACGUGGUACAAGGAGGCAUUCAUCUUGGAACCGGGCAACUGGCAUUUCCGCUCUGGAUUGGUGUGGGAAGAGCCUGCCUGUGGGGAGCGGCCACUCCAUACUGCUGAGGCCUCAGGACUGCUGCUCAGCUUGCCAGUUACCUGAAGAGGCGGCGGAGCCGGGCCCCUGACCGGUCACCAUGUGGGCCUUCUCGGAAUUGCCCAUGCCGCUGCUGGUCAAUUUGAUCGUCUCGUUGCUGGGAUUUGUGGCCACAGUCACCCUCAUCCCAGCCUUCCGGGGCCACUUCAUUGCUGCGCGCCUCUGUGGUCAGGACCUCAACAAAACCAGCCGACAACAGAUCCCAGAAUCCCAGGGAGUGAUCAGCGGUGCUGUUUUCCUUAUCAUCCUCUUCUGCUUCAUCCCUUUCCCCUUCCUGAACUGCUUUGUGAAGGAGCAGUGUAAGGCAUUCCCCCACCAUGAAUUUGUGGCCCUGAUAGGUGCCCUCCUUGCCAUCUGCUGCAUGAUCUUCCUGGGCUUUGCGGAUGAUGUACUGAAUCUGCGCUGGCGCCAUAAGCUGCUGCUACCCACAGCUGCCUCACUACCUCUCCUCAUGGUCUAUUUCACCAACUUUGGCAACACGACCAUUGUGGUGCCGAAGCCCUUCCGCCCAAUUCUUGGCCUGCAUCUGGACUUGGGAAUCCUGUACUAUGUCUACAUGGGGCUGCUGGCAGUGUUCUGUACCAAUGCCAUCAAUAUCCUAGCAGGAAUUAAUGGCCUAGAGGCUGGCCAGUCACUAGUCAUUUCUGCUUCCAUCAUUGUCUUCAACCUGGUAGAGUUGGAAGGUGAUUGUCGGGAUGAUCAUGUCUUUUCCCUCUACUUCAUGAUACCCUUUUUUUUCACCACUUUGGGAUUGCUGUACCACAACUGGUACCCAUCACGGGUGUUUGUGGGAGAUACCUUCUGUUACUUUGCUGGCAUGACCUUUGCCGUGGUGGGCAUCUUGGGACACUUCAGCAAGACCAUGCUACUAUUCUUCAUGCCCCAGGUGUUCAACUUCCUCUACUCACUGCCUCAGCUCCUGCAUAUCAUCCCCUGCCCUCGCCACCGCAUACCCAGACUCAAUAUCAAGACAGGCAAACUGGAGAUGAGCUAUUCCAAGUUCAAGACCAAGAGCCUCUCUUUCUUGGGCACCUUUAUUUUAAAGGUGGCAGAGAGCCUCCGGCUGGUGACAGUACACCAAAGUGAGACUGGGGAUGGUGAAUUCACUGAAUGUAACAACAUGACCCUCAUCAACUUGCUACUUAAAAUCUUCGGGCCCAUACAUGAGAGAAACCUCACAUUGCUCCUGCUGCUGCUGCAGGUGAGGAUGGGGACUGGGUUUAUACCUCCUUGUUUCCCUUUCUCCGUGAUUCUUACUCCAGUCCAUUUCUCCUUGCAGAUCCUGGGCAGUGCCUUCACCUUCUCCAUUCGAUAUCAGCUCGUUCGACUCUUCUAUGAUGUCUGAGUCCCUGGAUCAUUGUCCUUUACCUCACAGUCUCUAGGAUUCCUGACUCAGGCUGACCUCUCUCUGGUCCCAGACUGCCUCCUUGCCCAGGCCUCUCUCACUCUUCAUACUCCUCCAGAUUUUGUUCUCAGCAUUUUCUUUUCCCUGUGAUCAUUGGCAUCCUGGGCGUUUCUUGCCCCCUACUGUCUACUGAUUGGAUUUUACUUAUGACUUUCUGCAACUUGCUACUCUCCCUCUCCAUCCUGUCUUUGCAGCGUCACAGGGUGGGAUACAGCAGUUUUUUUUGCAGUUAUCCACAGUCACAUUUCAGAGUCCUGACUCUCAAGGAACUACUGGUUUUUGGGAUAGAACUUGGGCCAGGGCUAGGGACACAGGCUCCACAGUGACCUGUUAUUUGAUUGUAAAUUAAGUGUUCUGAUUAGUAAGAAGUAAGCAGGGGGCCACAUGCUCUCAAUGGAGACAAUAAAGUGUUGUCUUUUUCUUAUUGUU